AUGAAAACCAAGUCACCGGAAUUUAUGUCACAAUGUAGAGUAUUAAAUUUUCCAUGGAUGAAUAAGAGAAUGAGAAGAAGUAAGUCAGAAUGUAAGACGGUAUCUGGACAAGGGGAAUAUUCACAAGUUCUUAUGUUUCAACCGCCGAAUAUUGGUAUUGGAACAGGAGCGGAUGAAUCGGCAUUUCCAGUAAUCCAAAUGAUGGAUGGAAAAGAGCCAUUUGUAUGGGAAGGAGGACAAACGAAAUUUUCGGAAUAUCCUAAGGAAGUGACGCCUACGAAGUCAACAUGUUCACGUACAUCAGUGAAAUCGGUAACAAAGAACCGAAUUCCUAGGCCUAAGAAUGCGUUUAUUCUUUACCGGUCUCAUGUGAGUCAAUUACUGAAAGAAACCAUGACAUUUAAAGUGCGUGAAUCGAAUAUAUCAAGUUUAGUUAGUGAAAUGUGGAAAAAAGAGUCGGAUGUGGUACAUGCGUAUUAUGCAAGACGGGCAGCGCUUGAAUGGGUUAAAUAUAUGAAAAGAGUUCAACAACAACGAUGUGCUAUGAAUACAGAUGAACCGGAAAUAAAAUCGCCGACCCCGUCUGCACCAUUGCAAGCAGAGUCCACUUUUUCACCGGAAUCUCAGACAAAUAUGACGGAAUAUAUGAAACCGUCAUUUCCGAGUCCUCAUCAAACGUCUGUCCAGGAAAAUUCGAUUCUUACAUCAUAUAACGAUCCAUUUAUUGGGACUAUGUUAUAUCAUUCAUCUCCGGAUACUUCAAAUUUAGGAUUUGCAAAUACUGAUUCAUCUGCACGUUUGUCAUCUUCAUCUCAUUCUUCUAGUGAAGAUCUUUUUGAUCCUUCAUACGCUACUAAUAUACCAGCUGCUAAUCCUGGCCAUAUAUUCCUCGAUAAAUCAUCUAUACCUCUUUCUUUUAAGGAUUUUAUCUUUUCUUGCAAUAUGAAUCAAUUAGAUACAAAUUGCGCUUAUACAUUUAACUCUUCAACUCCUAUAUUUUCUACUAAUACAUAUCCUUGUAUGGUUGAUACUGGCUUAGGCAUGGACAGCAAUAUUCGGUGGCCUGUUAACAUGGUUUAACAUAUACAUAUCAACCCUUAUCAAUUAUAAUUAUAUUUUUGUCAGUUUUUAAACUAUUUUAAAAAAAAAAACAAAGGGUUUAGCAUUCUCUGUUUUCAUUACAACUAUUCAUUGGGAGAACAAAGAUGUAAUACUAUUUUUUUUGUAUAAUUUUAACUUUUUUUACACAAUACUAUAUACACUAUAUUUAUCUACUUUUUACGCCCUUAUAGAACUAGGUUUUUGCCUAUUCUAAACCCGAAUAUUCUAUUUAUAAUAUUGUAAAUCUUUGUUUUAUGCAUUAUUAGGGGCUGUUAUAGGGUUAUCUCUUUAUAUUAUCUUAAUAUGUUGAAUUCCUUUUAUACAGCUUAUCUCUAAGGGUAGAUAAGACGCAUAUAAGACGCAUAC